AAACCCAAGAAGGAGGGUGUGUUCUUGCUCAGACUUUGAUUGCUAUAAGCCAGAAGAAUGUAGUAAGAAUUCAGCUGAAUAUGGUAAAGCUAUACCUAGAAGAAUUAGGGAAUUCUUCCAGAGGAACCCAAAUCUCAAGGAGUAUUUGGUGUUAUUGGGCUUUUAAUAUAUCAGUUGUUUCCUGCAAUGAAUUUCUUGUGUGCUCUCACACCUUCCCCAAGCACUUCUAACAGUGUAUUUUAUCUGAUAUACUUCCCUAGCACCCAAAGCCAAAAGGCUGACAGGACAAAGCAUUUUCGACGAUUCAAUGAGUCUCCUGAACUGAGGUAAACACCCUUAUGGAGACACUGGACUGUGUUAUAAUGCUGUAGCACUCAGAUUCAAUAGAUUAUAAAUAUUUGUCAUCAUUGAAAAGGGUUGGUUAUAAAUUAUUAUUGAUUAAAAAACUACUGCUAGUUAAAGAUGCUUCACAUUGGUACAAUGUUGAUACAGAGUUAUUCUUGUUAUGGUAUAUGCAUGAAUUUCUGUUCUUGUAUAAAACAUUGCAGCUUUACAUUGUAUCCUACACUACUGAGGGAAAUCACAAGAAAGACUUUGGUAAGAGAUUCUAUGUUUAAAAAAGGAAGAGGGAAAUUUGUCUGAAGUAAAUGCCUAAAUGGACUGAGAAAACAUGGGAGGUUAUAGAAGGUCAGGGUGUAUGCUGUAAAUUUGGAAGAUUGUAGAAGAUCACAGGGAAUGUCAGCUAUGUCUGUUGUGGUUUCUUAUACCUGUAAACACUGAAUUUAAAAGUUAAUUAUGGUUGGUUUCCAUGUUAAAAUUAGCUGAUGAUUCUCCAAACUGUUUAUGUUAAAAAUGGAUAUAUAUAUGUGUGUGUGUGUGUGUGUGUGUGUGUGUGUGUGUCUGUACAUAUAUGUGACUUAUUUAACUGUAUGUGUAAAUGUAAGCUAGCUUUAACUGUACUGAUGUGUAUGUAACUUGGAUACAACUGUGCAUAUAUGUGUAAGCAAUUAUUAUUUGGAAAAACAUGUCUUAAACAGCAACCUUAUGGCUUUCCUCCAUGUUGUCUGGUGACCUCAUAGGCAGCCAAGUGCCUGGCAGCCAUCUUUUACUAAAGGUUAUAAAGCUCUAUUCAAGUUAACAAAAAGCUAAAUUAGAGACUUACACCUGAGUACUUAUGUUUUUGCUAAGUGUUCAACAGUAAGCUUCCAGAGAAUUUAAAUAGAUGGCUACAUAUGUUUAAUAAAUAAGGUAUUUAAUAAGUAUUAAAACUGUACCUCAAUGCUUUUAUACACAAGAAUAUACCUUGCUCUGGCAGCAAAACUGUGUAAUUUAAGAUUUACUCAUAUAAUCAGCUGAUAAUGGUUUUCAAGACAUGAAGGGAUCAUAGGGAAGAGCUGGGGUUUACAAAUGUAUGGCAGGGCUAGAGUUCCAAAGAGAGUCCAGUUUUAAAAAUGCCAGUGCUGAUCCCUGUGUGUUGGGCGCCCCGCAGGCGUGCACUUUGUCACCUGGAGUGGAGCAGGGCAGAGCUGGCAGGACUGCACAGGGUGCUAGGCUCGGCGCCACACCCCUAGGAGCUCCCACCCCAGGCAGACCGCCUGGUUCUCCCUGAGAAUCUCAUCUUGGCAGAAACUUUCCCUGCUGUCCCCCGCGCCAUGGCGAGUUGCUCAGCUGACCGCAGGCCGGAAGGGCGGCCAUCCUUGGCCCUGGAGACGCCCUUCCGGAAGCGUGCAGCCCUGCCCUCGGGGACCUCGGUCCAGCAGGGACCAGGCGGAGGAUCCCUACAGUACAGCCUGGCUUUCCUGGGCCGUCUGUGCUUCCUGGAGUUCCAUGGAAAAUGGAAGGCCUCCCGAUCCUGCAGACUGGGCGGUGAUGGACGUCGUCAAUUAUUUCCGAACAGCAGGAUUUGAGGAGCAAGCUUUUCAGGAACAGGAAAUUGAUGGAAAAUCCCUGCUCUUGAUGAGGAGAAAUGAUGUGCUGACAGGGCUGCAGUUGAAACUGGGGCCUGCUCUGAAAAUCUAUGAGUAUCAUGUAAAACCUCUUCAGACCAAGCAUUUAAAGAACAGCUCUUCCUAGUAAAGUGAAAUCGAGGUCUCAGUCCUCAGAACAGGA